AUGUCGGCCUCUUCCGUCCACGACGUCGAAACCGGCUCGUUGAAGCUGGACACUAAAAAAGCAGAUGUGUCCAAGUCGAAAUUAGCCUCGCCAUUCCCUUCUCCCACCGAAAAGAACCUUCCCAGGGGCACAGACGAGAACGAAGGGCCUGGUGCCCGAGACAAGGAGAACACGCGUCCAGAGUCCCUGAAGCAUGGCUCGCCGAGAGGCAGGUCCUCCUUGAGCACACGACCCCCCAACCAAUCUACCGACGAUCAACAACCUUUCACCCGCCACCAACGCCAACCAUCCGUGCCGGGGGUAUCCCCUCCAUCCCGCGCCCAGAGUGUACAAUUCCGGGAUACCGACACCGAGCUUCCCGACGUGUCCCAGUCCCGGCCGCAGUCACGACCCGUAUCUCGACCCGUGUCGCAACACGGCGAAGACGAAGAGCAGGGCCCAAAAGGAAAACAGUCCCUAUUUGGGAAGCUGAAGUCCUUUGCCGCCGUCUCUCACUCGAGGUCGCCAAGUAGCGCAAGCGCAGAUUUCCGCGCACCACAGGCCGAUCUCGCAACUCCCGGGUCGGAAAGGGGGGAGUUCCGUUUCCCAGCACCCCUAGAAGAAGAGGGGAGCGAGGGAGACGCCGAUGCAGAGGAAAGCGGAGGUGAGCAGCGCGAGUCCCGUCCCACGAAGCGAAAGCAGAAGAGAAGAAAGCAACAAGACAAUGAAGACGGUGCUCAGACCGCACCGGGGACCCCCAAGACCGGGCGCAGGCCCUCCUUCCACUUCUCGUCCUCAUUUGCGCCGUUCGAGAACUAUCGAACUAAUUUGUUCCCUCGACGAGCAAGCACAACCGACUUCACGCCCCAACAGCGAGAGGGAGUUUCAGAAGAUGAAGGUCGUGAGAGGCUGAGCCGUCGCAUGAGGAGCCGCCCGUGGACAAACACACGGGGGGAUAGCUAUACUGGGCGAAACACCGAUGCCAACCAGGAUGACCCGCGCCCAUCUAAUCUACGGCGUUUGACCGGUUUCGCUGGACAGGGCAACGAAGAGAGCCUGACGGCGAGCUGGAGACGCCAUCGCAACGAGCGAGGCACGAGUGCAAGCGCUCAACGAUGGAAGCAAAUCAAGGCCGGCCUGAAGCUCAUCGGCCAGCGACGAAAGCCAGAAAACACAGUGGACAACAAAAAGUCGGCGGAGCUGCUGGCCGAACUUGCUUCAGCCGUGCCUGCAGCACUGAUCCUAGCCAGUGCCUUCCAGCGCGAUGAGCACGGCAGCAAGAGAAUCCCAAUUCUACUCGAGCAACUGAAGGUUCGGGUCACCGAUAGCCGCAUCGAUUCUCACUCGGGUGAUCGUCACCUAGUCUUUCGAAUUGAGAUGGAAUACGGAAGCGGCAUGACACGAAUGAAGUGGAUCAUCUUCCGUACUCUGCGAGACUUUGCCAAUCUACACCUCAAGUACAAACUUCAUCUUGGAACUCAGAAGUACAUUCAACUUCGGACUAGCGAAAAUAGCCCCAGUCUCCCUCGAUUCCCCAGGAGUGCAUUUCCUUACAUGCGCGGUGUGCGUGGCCUGGAGAGCGAAUUCGAGGACGAAGACGAAGAGGGUGGCUAUGAAACCGGAGCAGAAGGAAUGAGUGGGACAGAAAGACCACCGACUAAGAAGAAACAAAGCCAGCAGCCACAUUCGCGUCGCGCCUCCGGUGCACUUGUUCGCAGAAAAUCCAGCAUCACGAACCAGGAAAGCGAGUCUGCUGGAGCAUUAGGGCCUUCGUCGACACAUGAAGGUGCAGGGGCCAGGAAGGAGACAUAUCCUGGGAAGCAGCGUAAGAAGCUUGAGCUAUACCUGCAGAAGAUGAUCAGGUUUUUGAUCUUUAGAGCCGACAGCAAUCGCUUGUGCAAAUUCUUGGAAUUAUCCGCCCUGGGUGUCCGCUUGGCUGCAGAGGGCAGUUAUCAUGGCAAAGAAGGGUUCCUGAUCAUCCAAUCUUCCAAGGGCCUUGAUUUCCGAAAGGCUCUCACCCCAUCUCUGGUCAAGAAACGCCAUUGGCCAAAAUGGUUCUUGGUCAGACACAGCUACGUAGUCUGCGUGGAUUCCCCAGAGGAGAUGAACAUAUAUGAUGUCUUCUUGGUGGAUUCCAAUUUCAAGAUUCAAACCCCCAAGCUCAGUCUUCGCAAUCAAAAUCCGAAGGAUCUGGCGAAGUCCGCCAAGCAGUCGGCGAGGCACCCUCAGCACCACACUCUUCGGCUUGAGAACUCUGAGCGCAAACUGAAACUACUUGCCCGCAACGAGCGUCAACUACAGCAGUUUGAGGACUCCAUCCGCUUCAUGGUUGCCAACACCCCAUGGAUGCGCCCCAACCGAUUUGACAGCUUUGCCCCUGUGCGACAGAAUUGCUUUGCGCAAUGGCUGGUUGACGCAAGAGACCAUAUGUGGGUUGUCUCUCGGGCUAUCAACCAGGCCAAGGAUGUUAUUUACAUCCAUGACUGGUGGUUGAGUCCAGAAUUGUACAUGCGUCGCCCGGCUGCCAUCAGUCAAAAAUGGCGACUGGACCGCCUCCUCCAGCAGAAAGCGCGGGAGGGUGUCAAGGUGUUUGUGAUCAUGUAUCGCAACAUCAAUUCGGCCAUUCCCAUCGACUCCGAGUAUUCCAAGUUCUCUCUCCUCGACCUUCACCCCAACAUCUUCGUCCAACGGUCACCGAAUCAGUUCCGCCAGAACACUUUCUUCUGGGCCCACCACGAAAAACUAUGCCUCAUUGACCACACCAUUGCCUUUGUUGGUGGUAUUGACCUCUGCUUCGGACGCUGGGAUACUCCUCAACACCAGCUAACCGAUGACAAGCCCACUGGCUUCGAGACUACCGAUGGACCUAAGGAUGCUGAUCAUUGUCAGCUUUGGCCUGGAAAAGAUUACUCGAACCCAAGAAUCCAAGACUUCUAUGACCUAGACAAGCCGUACGAGGAGAUGUAUGACCGCAAUGUCGUGCCACGAAUGCCCUGGCAUGAUAUUUCCAUGCAUGUCGUGGGCCAACCUGCUCGUGACCUAACUCGUCAUUUUGUGCAGCGCUGGAACUACAUUCUGCGCCAGCGAAAGCCCACACGUCCCACACCCUUCCUCCUACCACCUCCGGAUUUCAAUCCGGCCGAUCUCGAGGCUUUGGGUCUCGAUGGCACCUGUGAAGUACAGAUUCUUCGUUCUAGCAGUAUGUGGUCAACGGGUACCCCUGAUGUCACGGAACACAGCAUCAUGAACGCCUACGUAAAGUUGAUUGAGGAGUCUGAACAUUUCGUGUACAUCGAAAACCAGUUCUUCAUCAGCACGUGUGAGAUUGAUGGCAGGAAGAUCGAGAACCUCAUUGGAGAUGCUCUGGUUGAACGCAUCGUCCGGGCGGCUAAGAACGAGGAAGCAUGGCGUGCCGUGAUUGUUAUCCCCUUGAUGCCGGGCUUCCAGAAUACCGUUGACAGCGAGGGUGGCACAAGUGUUCGUCUCAUCAUGCAGUGCCAAUACCGCAGUAUCUGCCGCGGAGAAACUUCAAUAUUCGGCCGCCUCCGUGCCCUCGGUAUUGAGCCAGAGGACUACAUUCAAUUCUUCAGUCUUCGCACCUGGGGCAAGAUUGGACCCCAGAAACAGCUGGUGACCGAGCAACUCUACAUCCAUGCAAAGUGCAUGGUCGUGGAUGACCGCGCUGCCAUCAUCGGCUCGGCCAACAUCAAUGAACGAUCCAUGCUGGGUUCGCGUGACUCCGAAGUCGCAUCCAUUGUUCGAGAUACCGAUAUGGUCAUGUCAAGCAUGAAUGGAAAACCUUAUCUCGUGGGACGAUUCCCUCACACUCUGCGCAUGCGCCUGAUGAGAGAGCAUCUUGGAAUCGAUGUCGACGAGCUCAUGGAGCAUGACUUUGCCACCGAGGAAGAGCUGCGCAAGAUUGAGGCCGCCGAGGGGGCAGGUCGUCCUGCCAAUGAUCGAGAGCACAGGAACUCGGGCUCCUCGGUUGUCGAACGGCAGGAUGAACGAGAGAUGAUUGAACGGCGGCAUCGCGUUCAAGAUGAGUUUCUUUCUCGCUCCGAAGCUAUGUAUAGCUUCAAUCACGAUGUUGACUGGGAGCAGGGUGCGAACCCAAAUCUCAAAUCUAAUCGGAAGCUGACUGCCGAUCCACGCGUCACCGAGAAUCCAGAACACCGGAAAGACGUCGAAGGCAAUGGGCAUGAUCGGCUGACGGUCGCUUCGGAGGCCGGGCUCGGUGUGGGGCGUGACUCUGAUAUGCGGGAAGGAAGAGAGACGUUGCUCUCUCCCAUUGCCUCAGAGGGCAAGGGUACAAUUGAGAGCCCGAGCUCACAGUCCCAACCUAAAUCAUCCCAAACAUCUUCAACGGUUAAUGACCGGCAGCCCAUUUCAGGCGAAACCAACCGUGCCUCGGAGCCCAGCGGUGAUACGAUCCCACAAGGUCAGGGGGCCCCUGGAUUAUCGACACGCGAACCAGAGUCCAAUGGCACCGGACUCACCGUGUCUAGAGAAGAGACAGAUACUUCUAAAAAUCACCAUCCGUUGGCUCCGGAUCUCAAGCGCAUUUUCAUCGAUAAUGACUGCAUGAGAGACCCGGUCAUUGAUGGCUUUUACCUUGACACGUGGCAAGCUGUCGCCGAAAAGAACACAAAGAUCUACCGCUCUGUGUUCCGAUGCAUGCCGGAUAACGAGGUCAAGAGUUGGAAGGAAUACAAGGAGUACGCUGCAUAUGGCGAGCGCUUUGCGGAAAUGCAGAGCCAGCAGGGCAACAAACCAAGCCAGGCCCAACAGAAACCAAACAGCCCCCCUCCCCCUGGUGGCACUGUCAGUUCUCCUAUGUCCAUUGCCUCUCAGCUGUCAUUCAUCACGCCCAAGGUGGCUGAUGGAUCGCCCGCAGACCCCAAGAGCCCUCAAACGAUUGACGAGAAGAUCGGAUCUGGAAAUGAAUCCGCCCGCCCUCAGUCAGAGUCCCUGGCAAAGCAAGAGACAUUGUCAUCGAUUGAUGAAAAGGCUGCUCUGAAAACCGCAUCAGACUCGAAUUUGUUGAACAGUGUUGCGAACGGAACCGGCGACGAGAACGCCGCUGCCGGCGAGGACGCUGAAAAGUCACGAUCGGUUUCCGCCCAUCAAGUUGACUAUUCCGAGGCUGUGAACCUAAACCUGAAUUCAACCAGCCAGUCUCGGAGGCGCAGGCGCAGAGCUACAACUAUCGGCUCCAAGCGGGAUCCCCAUGGAGCAGACGAGUUCAUGGAUAAGGGUCGUGCGGAAGAUCUCCUCAACAAGACCCAAGGCCAUCUCAUCAUGUGGCCAUAUGACUGGCUGGAGAAGGAGGAACAAGGUGGAAAUUGGCUCUAUGCUUUGGAUCAAAUCUCCCCACUGGAGAUUUAG